UCCCUGAAAGUGUGUUUGUUCUUGGCAUCCUUAUUCACUCCCAUUGAUUGUGAGGUCAUUCACUCCUUUUUUUUCUCUUCGUGAUACGUUGUGUUUCACAGACGUUCUUUUCGCAUUGACUAUCCCUGGUGGAUUUUACUUAAACACACUCUCUUUCAAGUCAUUUGCCUCAACUCAACGUCAACCAGCUACUAUCAGCUCUUGAUACCACGACAUUCAUCACAAUGAAAUUCACUACCCUCUCUCUCAUCGCCUCUUUGGCCUCCCUCUCAGCAGCUUCGCUGUCUGCGGUCCCCAUCAUCGAAGCCAUAGCCCCCAAAUCAAAGAUCUGCCCCACCGGCAACAAAGAAUGCCGCACAGCAACCCAAGCCGCCCCCUUCAUCAUCUCCAGCUUCCAAUCCCAGCAGAUCUACUCCCCCGCUGAAAUCGCCGCUGUUCUCGCUCUCAUGGCCUUUGAGUCAGGAGAUUUCCAGUACAAGCGGAAUCACUAUCCUGGACGCCCAGGCCAAGGAACUGCGAAUAUGCAGAUGCCGAACUUUAAUCUUCUCUAUGCGAAGAGUAUUCCCGAGCUGGCCAAGGGAUGGCAGGGUAUUGAGAGUGUGGAGGGGCUUUCGGAUCAGGAGUUGGGGGAUUUGUUGGAUGAUGUUACGGUUGAUAAGUACAACUUUGGAAGUGGACCUUGGUUUUUGAGGACGCAGUGUAAGGAGGAUGUUCGACAGGCAUUCAAGACGGAUGUUGAUACGGGGUUUCAGAAGUAUAUUGAGGAGUGUGUUGGGACGGAUCUCCAGCCGAGGUUGGAGUACUUUCAGCGUGCGAAGACGGCGUUUGGUUUGUAGUUGGUUCAGAAGUUCGAGGACCGUGAAUCUUGCGAUAGGCUUCAAGGUAUUCUGUCCUUCAUUCUCUAGCUAACGGUUUUAUUCUCCGAGUUGUUUUGUUUUCCGAGUUCAUUAUAUGUGACGAGGUUUCAUAAGUUGAAAUCUUUGUGUUCGAAUUGACUAUUCGUUUUCUCUAUAUCUCAUAUCGAUCCAACUUAUCAUGCACAGGCCUAUAAACAAAAUAAUCAAACUGCGCCUCCUUCGCAAGCCCAUUAACAUCCGAACACGCCAUCCCCACAAAAGCACCCGUGAAACUUCCAUCCUUA